UACUCAUCGUACCAAAGUCGAAUAACGGAUCUUAAGAUUAAACUUGAGUUAAACGUGAUUUUUUUCUUUUUUUGGAUAGUUAGAAUUUUCAUCCCAAUCAAAAGUAUUCAUUUUAAUUUUUAAUUAAAAAGCCAUUUAUAAACGUGAGUAUGGACCCUUUGAAUGAUGAGAUGAUCGAAAUGAAGGACGAUUUAAGCGACAAAAGCCCAAUGCAAAUGGCUGAAUCUAUGCAAGAAAAUGGCGCUGGCGCCUUGAAAAUUGCUACCAAUGCGGGUAACACCGAUCAGCCCUCGCGUCACCACCUCUCCAUUUCCGCCGAGGAUCAGCAGGACGAGGUGUUAACUCCCGCCGAGAAAUCCAAGUUCGAGUACCCACCCCCGCCGCCGCCCCCCACUCCCGUUCAAGCUCCGCCAGCGACCAAGGCUACCGGUCUGGAGGGCACUGCUCAUCUUGAACACGACGACGACGAGGCUAACUCUGAGAAGUGGGAGGAUCCCUGCGCCCCUCCUCCUCCGCCACCGCUUCCGACCAGCGCCUUUUUGGCUACCGGAUUGGGCUACCUCAAGCUGCCCGCCUUCAAGCUUAAGGAUGCGUUGGAGAAGGCCAUAACCAAGCUAGAGGCGAACAAGCAAAUGCAGAAAAUCAGCCCUGAGUCUUCUCGUUCCGUUAAACCCAAGAAAGUAGAGGCCAUGGAAUUGUUACCUAGGCGCUCAAGACCGGAGACUCAAGGCGACAGCCCCAAGACAACCACGUCCACUGCUCUGAUGUUGCACCCGAAGUUCCAGAAGCCCGUCGUAAUUCUACAGCUGGAGAGGCGACGUAAGGUUGUCCUUCUGUUGGCCAAGCAAAAUAGAAGUCUUGCAGCAAUUUCUCGGGAUGCCAUUCCAAUGCAUGGAUCUUCGAAGCAGCCGCACGAGGACGAGGGCCUGUCGCUUCAAGUGCUUUCGGCUAGGGCCUCCACGCCGUACACCCAGCCCACCAGCAUGAUGUCAUGCACUGCUGUUAGCUGUGACCUGGAGCACGACUCUCCCAAGAAGCAGCAGGCCAACAAGGAGACCACGUCGGAACAGCAGACCCGACAGGCUGCGCAAAAGCGUGCUGCCAGCAGCUCGAUUCAAAAGCCGGGAAGCCUACGGGCGCCUAAGGCGAUCCGACCUCAGGUCACCCCAAUGAUCAGUUGCAAAUCGGUUAAGAGCUAUACGCGCUCCCAUCUGCUGGACAUUCGCAAUGAGAUGUUCAAUGCUUUGAUGCACAGGUCCAAGGAAAGCUUUGUCAUGCCCCGCAUCGCCACCUGCGAUGACAUCGAACUGGAGGGCCGUCUCCGGCGCAUGAACAUCUGGCGCACCUCGGACGGUACAAGGUUCCGUGCUCGUUCCAGCACCAACAACUCGAAUAUGAACAACAAUGAGUGUAUGCCAGCCUUCUAUAAAAAUAAGAAUAAGCCGCAGUUGAUCAGCGACGACUCCAUUAUCCAAAGUCAACCUCCGCAGCCGCAAACGGAAUUCCAGGAUCCUGCAAUUGUAAACCAAAGACGAAUCGGAAGCGGGCGGUUUAAUCAUUCCAAAUGGGGUUACAACGACGCGGACUACCAUUCCAUGAAACCGUAUCACAAUGGAAAACCGCAGAUCGAAGAGGUCAAUCCGAAGCACCAGAGCAAUGGCAACAUGACGGUUUUACAAUUUUUCGACAACGGAGAGAUCAGCAGUAACCCCACGGGCCAGCCCCAGGGCAGACCAAACACUCCAGUUAUGGGGAUGUCUAAUAAUCGCUCCGAAAACGAAACAUUGGAGUCGAACGAGUCCAGCGAGGAUCUGAGUCGGGCCAACGAGAAUUAUGUGAAGCGCGUGAUGUCCGGAUUCCUGGUUGUGUCCAAACCCAAAUCUCGGGACGCCGAAGAUCGGCAUCAUCGACGCUACAGAAACCAAAACGAAGAGCCGGAGUGGUUCAGCUGCGGUCCCACCUCCAGACUAGACACCAUCGAGCUGUGCGGCUUUGACGAGGAAGAGGAGAGAAUGCUAAAGGAGGGAAACCAUCACCAAGGAACUGGCGAAUUGGAGAGGGAGGUGCAAAGACAUAAGGUGGAACAGAAUAAGUACAAAUGGACGCACUCGGAGCCCGUGGGCCGCAAUAAAUUUAUGCCCAAGCACGAUACAAACAAUAACCAGAACGUAAAAAAUAUGAACAAGGUUUUGGGCAGCGAUCAUCAGCCUCCUCCAAAGGAUGAAAAACGUACAGGCAGUGUUCGUUCGUUUCAGUUUGAUAAGUUUAAUCAAAGUCAACCAAGUUAUGAGAGUAGCAACUAUGUCAAUCAUCAGCAGCUGCCGCAAUCGCAGCCUCAGCAAAUGCAGCAGCAGCAAACUAAUACAAACACAAGUAAUUCUAAAUUUAUGUCGUUUUUCGCCCGGGAGACGAACACCUCGUCGUCUUCGCUCAACGAGUUUUUCAAGCAGGCCAUGAACCAGGGCCACGCCAAUAAUCCGGAUCAGCCCAAGUCGCUGGGUCACACAAACCAGAUGCCGUCAGUGGAGCAGCUAGAGGCCAAAUGGCGCCGCAGCUCGCUGACCACUGCUGGAGAAUCGGCUAACAAGCAGUCUGAUAACUUCCAAAAGCUUAUUGGCUCCCUCAGUUCGGCUAAGCCGCAGCAAAAGGCCCAACCCCAACCGCAGGUGGUAGGCUACGAUGCCAUAUCCAACUUCAUUAUGCAGCAGCAGCAGUACCAGCAACAGCAACAAAAGCAGCACGUCAUCAUCCAACAGCAACAGCACCAGACCUCCUUUCUGGCCGGUUUGCAGCUGAAAGCGAUCCUCGGUCGUGCCGACACCCAGUUGCUUCUACUCCGUCUUACCAAAGGAGAAAUUUCCAAGCACGGAUUAUUGGUGCAGUUGGCCAACCCACGGCUGUCCGACAUGGAUCGCGAAGCCAUUACGGCUGUAUUGCAGUUCACUAAUACCCAGCAGCAGCAGCAACAGCACAAACAGCAGCUGGACAUGUUGUCCAGCACAGUGAUUGCCAGUCAGCUGCAGAAUCUUCACAAUCUGGCCAUCGUCCAGCAGACUUUGGCAGCAAGACAGCAGCAACAGGCACAGCAACAGCAACAGCAGCAGCAACAGGCACAGCAGCAUAAUCCACAGCCACAGAUGCCGCAGCAAUUGACUCAGGAGGACUUGCAGGCACAUGCCAAUGUCAUAAUGCGAAACGCUGUGAUGAAGCGAAAGAUGGAGGAGCAGACCUCCAAGUUAAUUAAUGGCGGGGCCAAACAUCAGACACAGCAGCAGCAGUUAAACCGUGCCCAACAGCGAAACGUCCGACCAGAUGCCGCCUCGAACGCCCUGCUCCAAGCCUUGAUCUCUGGCGGUGGCAACAACCAAGCUGCGAGCCACCUUAUGAACGGACAGCAGCUGCAAUCUCAUUCCAACAACCGACGUUCAGCUGCUGAUGCCAAUGUGCGCUAUGGUGAAAACCAAAAUUUUCAAACCUUCGAGCACAGCCAACCGCACUUGUUGUCGCAAUACAAGCAGCACUAUCAACAAUCCCAGCAACAACAGACUCAGCAGCCACAACAACAGCAUAUUCACCAGCAGAACGUCUCCGGCGGCGGCAAUAAUUUCGGCAAGUCCCAAAUGCAGGCCCAAUCAGCAAUUGCAAUGAUGCCUAAUGGCGGAGAUGAGUUUCAUUAACGGCUUCAAGAGAUUCGCCACAACUACUGUCGGUUUGAUGGCCAUCGGCAUCGGAUCGACCGUCCUCAUCUACACCACCCAUCGCCUUGUUAUCAAG